AACCAAUCAAAACGCCAGAAUCUAGUGCCUUUGGUGGGCUCUGUCUAGAGGUCCCACCAAUUAGACGCGGGGCUUUGUCAAGGUUGGUUUGUGCGCAGGAACAGAGGGACCGUUGCUGUCAGUGGAAAGUUGUCCAUCCAGCACCAUGGGAAAGAAGAGUCGAGUGAAGACUCAGAAGUCGGGCUCAGGAGCCAGCGCUGUGGUUUCACCGAAAGAGAUGAUGAAUCUCAUCUCUGAGCUGCUGCAAAAAUGUAGCAGUGCAGCACCCUCUGCUGGUAAGGAGUGGGAGGAGUACACCCAAAUAAGAGGCUUGGUUGAUAAGAUCCGCAAGAAACAGAAGGGUAUGUCAGUGGUGUUUGAGGGAAGUAGAGAGGAUUACUUCCCAGAACUAAUGUCUUGGGCUGAGGAAAAUGGAGCUUCCUGUGACGGCUUCACUGUGACCAACUUUGGCACAGAGGGCUACGGCCUGCGAGCCACCAUGGACAUCAAGGCAGAGGAACUGUUCCUGUGGAUUCCCAGGAAGAUGCUGAUGACAGUAGAGUCAGCCCAGAACUCGGUUCUAGGUCCUCUGUACAGCCAGGACCGCAUCCUACAGGCCAUGGGCAAUGUGACACUGGCCCUCCACCUGCUCUGUGAGCGGGCCAACACGGCUUCCCAGUGGCUGCCAUACAUCCACACUCUUCCCCAGGAGUACGACACGCCACUUUACUACCAUCAGGACGAAGUGGAGCUGCUGUUGGGUACACAGGCCGUGCAGGAUGUUCUGAGCCAGUAUAAAAACACUGCACGGCAGUACGCCUACUUCUAUAAACUGGUCCAGACUCAUCCUGCAGCCACCAAACUGGCCCUGAAGGACAGCUUCACAUUUGAUGACUACAGGUGGGCGGUGUCUUCAGUGAUGACCCGUCAGAACCAGAUCCCGACUGAGGACGGGAGUCACGUCACUCUGGCUCUCAUCCCCCUGUGGGACAUGUGUAACCACACAAAUGGACUGAUCACCACUGGGUACAACCUGGAGGACGACCGAUGUGAAUGUGUGGCGCUGCAGGACUACAAGGAGAAUGAACAGAUCUACAUCUUCUAUGGCACCAGGUCAAAUGCUGAGUUUGUCAUCCACAACGGCUUCUUCUACCAGGACAACGCCCAUGACCGAGUGAAGAUCAAGCUGGGUGUCAGUAAGAGCGAGCGCCUGUACGCCAUGAAGGCUGAAGUGUUGGCACGAGCCGGCAUCCCAGCGUCCUGUGUCUUUGCUCUGCACUGUAAUGAACCCCCCAUUUCAGCCCAGCUCCUAGCCUUCCUUAGAGUCUUCUGCAUGACGGAAGAAGAAUUAAAGGAAUACCUGCUCGGAGACCAUGCAAUUAAUAAGAUCUUCACCCUGGGCAACAGUGAGUUCCCUGUCAGCUGGGAGAACGAGAUCAAGUUGUGGACUUUCCUGGAGACCCGAGCUGCUCUGCUGCUCAAGACCUAUAAGACCACCUCAGAGGAGGACUGCUUCAUGCUGGAGAAACCUGAUAUUUCUCUGCAGUCCCGCGUGGCCAUCCAGCUGCGUCUGGCUGAGAAACAGAUCCUGGAGAAGGUGUCAUCAAGUGGACGAGCUAAACGUCUGCACUUCCAACAGAAGCUGGAGGAGGGUGCACUAUUGCCUCACUAUGAAGAAAGCGAUAUCGCUUUGCUGGAGAAUACUGAACCAGACGCAAAGCUUCCUAUUAUCCUCCGCAAGCUGGAGGAGGUGGAGGAAGGCCAGGAGAUCCAGGUCGAAGAGCACAGUCAUCUCCUGAAUGGGGAGAAAGUGGUGUACAGGAUGGAGGCAAAUGAAAAGCCAGUGCAGGAGGAGACUCAGGAGAGGGUCAGCAAAGAUGUUCAUUCAGCUUUGGACUCAACUGGAAGUUCAAACCAGAAAGGCCAAAUGGAAAUGGCUGACCAAAGUGCUAGCCGAACUGAAGAGAUUCCCAAAGAGAGGAGUGAAUAAAUAUAUUCCGCUUACAGCCACAGCCCAUGCUAUUUAUUUAUUUUUGUGUCUCUAAAAUGACUCAGAAAUAUCAAAGCUGAAAGAAACAACGAUGUUCACAUUCAAAUCAGUGUGUGCUUAAAUUUGAAAUGUAGGUUUACAUUGAAAGGUUUUAGUGGCAGGUGGAAGGGGUGCAGAACAGGUCCCAGCAGAUCAUCAGAUGAAUAAAAAAAACAAAAUAGAGUUAGGUGAAUGUUAUAUCCACAAAACCAAAACCUCUGUACUGAUGUGAAGCGGUUGGUUUAUUACUGCAGUUUUUCUCCAUAUGUGUCCAAUAUAAUUUGAGUUGACAAUCAUUUUCUAUGGAGCAUCUUGGGGUGUGACGCUGAUUUAAGACCAUCGCUGGCCUCCUUUUUUCUUUUCUCUGCUUCAAAUAAUUUCAGGCUGAAUAACAAUUAGGUAGCUACAGCCCAUCUUAAAAAGCUGUUGUUAUUUCCUGUUUUUAAAGUAUCUUUAUGAUUGUAGUCAGUUCACGUUGGAGUGAGUAUCUGUGGAUGUGACUUAAAGGGAAUGAUGUGUGACACAGUGAUCACUGUUGUUUCCCCUGAGAAAGCCAUAUACAGGACUCAGUGUUAACUUACUGUGUACUGAUACAAUGCCAAUACUGACUGAAAAACUCACAUUUGAUGCACAGGCUUAAUGCUUAUCACUUAUUACAUUGGACCUUUAUAAUAGUGUGUGUGGUCAUGGGGUUUGUCAGUUUUACCCAUUUACUGAAAACACUUAUCAUCAUCACUCACCAUACUGUGGAGCCACAUUCAGUACUGUGGUACAUUGACAAUACAUGAUUGAUACUAUUUGACAGAGUUCAUCUUUGAGCCUUCGGCCACAUUUCAUCUCCAUCGGAACAUGUUUGUUCAGGUGACACAAGUCACAACAAGUGGUCAUAAUGGGGCCGCUUCCUCAAGUCUGAUCACUUAACGUAAAAUUAUCAUUAACCCUCCCUGCAGACGCAGGAUCUUGAUCCCAUAAUUCGUCUUUGCUUGUUAGAGUCCUCUAUUUUCAUAAAACAUUAUAUUGCGUUAUAUUACCGACUUGCUGGUAGAUGAAGAGGGCAUGCAAUGGGUCAAGCUGACAGUGAUUGCCCUCUGAGCAAUUCAUGACAGGUGGAAUACGUAUCUUUUCCCACUGUUCGAAUAAAUGUUCGAAUAUUAUAGUUGAGUGGUCGGUGAAUAUCUGGUUCUCAGAAAGCCCUACCUGUAUAUGAAGGAGGUGAGGUAUAUGCUGAUGUCUUUCGAUGCAUUGGAUGUCCUCACGACUUAUUCCAGACGUCCUUUGACUCCCUGAGUCUGAACCCUUCCUAAUUCAGUAGGGGUCAAAUGUCAGCAGAUUACCAUCCUCCAAUCAUAUAUGACCAUUUGUUACCAUGUCACAAAAGUUUAAUAUUUAAUCUGGGUCACGUGUACAUUUCUAAACCAACUCUUGGGGAGAAAUUUAGCAAACUGCUGAAUGCUGAUGAAGAGCAUGAUAUGUAGUUGAAAAGCUCAGGAGACACUUGUUGGUGUAAUUUUAAUUUAUUCUGACGAUCUACUGUUCCCAAAACUGUCUCUCUUCCAUUAGAAUGAUGAUGUAAUAGUGUUGUUUAAGGAAAAGUUUACCUUCACAAAAUUGGACCAGGAACACAGUGGAGCCCCAUUAUCAAUAUUUACUUCACUGUGAAGAUAAGAGAAUAAGAAUCAUCACUUGUUGCUCUGAGGUGAAACUGUAAAAUAUCCUGGUACAUUGUUCAAUAGGAACCAGGCCAGUUAGGGACUCAUGGUCUGUGGGUUGUUUUGAGAAGGUGAAUUCACUUUUCUUAAACCUGUACACCGGUCUGGGCAGUCCCACUUCAGCUCACAUAUACUGUAUUUAGCAUCCUUCACCUUUAUCUUGUCAACUAGUGCAGUGCCCGUCAAGCUGGGGUGUGAACUUCACUUUGAUGAUGUUAUCAGCAACAUCAUCUGUGACUGUUUUCUCAGUUGAAAAGAAAACAUGAACCCGUGGUACUCGCAAAUGCAGUCGACUAUUCCUGUGGUCGUUAGAUUUUCACCAGCCAAGUUUGAAGUGUAUCUGCUGAGUGGUGUCUGAUGUGUUGAACAUGGAAGAACACAGAUAUUCAGGGGAGAAAGGGUUCAGUUGAGUUCUACAAAUCAGAAACAAGCACUGAUAACACUCACUGUGCUGUUAGCUCGUCUUCCUACUCUUGCUUUGUUGCAGCCUAUUAGCAGUUUUCUUUCUUCAUCGUUGUGCAGAUGCCACACCAACGGUAAAUAUGAUUUACAGCCUGUUUUAACUGAUCAGUAACUGUUAUCAGCUCUGCUUUAAACACUGAUCAGGGAUACAUGAGCCUGACAGAUCUGCACUAGCUAUAGACCUUCACCUUAUUGGGUUGUAUAUGUAAACUGAUAUUUUGCCCAUCCAUCUACACUCUCUAAACCAUCAUGAUAAAAACGGAAAUCUCUCAUUAACUAAACUCUUCAGACCCAUCAUUCAGUACUUUUUGGAAGCAGCUCCAGUCUUAGUUAAGUCACAAGCUUUGCACACCUGGAUUUAGACAGUUCUGUCAUUAGUUGUGACUGAUGUCCCUCACGCUACGUUUGAUUGGAUGUAAAGUGUCUGUGAACUGAAGUCUCUAGAUCUCUCCACAGAUGUUCUAUUAAGUCUAGACAGUGGAGGACAAUCAGGCUUGUCUUUAAGCCACUCCAGUGUUGUGUGGGCUGUUGUGACCUCACAUCUCUGUAUCUGGCUGCAUUCGUCCCCCACUCAGUUCUGACCAGUCUCCCUCCCUCUGUUGCUGGGAAGCCACCCAAUAGCAUGAUGCUUCCCCCAACAUGUUUUGCCUUACAGAUGUUAUUAAUCAGGUGAUGAGCAGUAUCUGUUGUGUGGUGUUAAUGUUUUGUUUCAUUGGAUCAGAUUAUCUUAGACCCUGUGCUCUGAGUCCUUUAAAUGAUGUUUGACUGCUAACAGGCUGUCAGUGAUGUCCAGGUGUCAUCUCCACCAUAAAGGCUUGACCAACGGAGGCUGCUCAUCCCAUUUUUGUCAGUUUUCUUUUCACUGCAGAGGGCGUCUGAAGCUCUGCUAGACUGACCAACUUAAAGAUAAGUCCAAUACGUUUUUUAGCUCAGAUCCCACCAUGAACAUGAACAUGAAACUGUAUUGAUGCAAGGUUAAUAACCUCCUGGGUUCCAGUUCUUAACUUAACACACAGGUGAGAGUGUCAAUGAUCUUCUCAUUUAAUUCUAAGAAAGACAAUAGCUAUUAAGUAUUCACCAAAAAUCUUUAACUUCACAGUAUGACCAGUAUGCAUAUUUAAAAAAAAAAAAAAAAAAAAGAAGACUGCUGAAUGUUAAGGAGAAAUUAAAGUGAACUGUCCCUCGUCUCCUCUUUUGGAUGAUGUUUUCAGAAAUGAUGAUUGUUUGAUACUGUAUGUGGAAACGCCAUCGUUGAUUUGUUGUCUAACCUUUUAACUCGGCAUAUUCAACCUUACAAAAAUCAGACCCAUAUCUGCUGUGAGCCAUGGUUUGCUAAUGUAAAAUCAGCCACUCAGGCCAAGUACACAUCUCUUAUUAAUGUGUUUUCUGUGGUCGGAUCACAAGUGGACAGCUCUGAGUGCGUUCGAUUUACACCUGACAUCGUCUCGUGUUCGGAUCUCAGGUCGAAACUCACUUCCAUUCCCUAUAUUCAAAUAAUCAAACCUGUCCAUCAUUUACACUCUGAAAGAUGAAAUGCAUUGCGGGAAGCUGCAAGGAGAAAAAGAAGAAAUCAAAAUAACACAGACAAUGGGUUCUUGGCUGAAACAACUGCAUCUGUUGUUGUUGCUGCCUAUUGCUACAGUUUAAAUGAUGCCUCCAGUGUAUUUUCCGCUAAGACCUCUGUUGAAUAGGCGGUCCAUCAAUGUGGCCAGGACCACAUUCGGGUUGACACUGCUUAAAGAAUAUACAUGUGGCCCAGACCACCUGGGUCUGGCGUGAUCGGAUCGCUAUCCAAUCUGAGUGGGUGCACACCUGUAUUUAGAGCUGUCCACUUGUGAUUGAAUCACAAAACCUGCAUGUUACUACCAGGUGUGUAUGGGGUCUUAUUGUAAAAUGUGAAUUGGGUUAACAUGAGCUUGGAUGUGAAAGUGACCACAUGAUUCUCUUUUCUAUCAAAUUUGGUCUGUAACUUUUCCAUCACAAAUCUGUAUUUUUUUAUGCAAAUGUACUUUCACCAACCUGUGCUGCUUUUUCUAAAGACCUCAGUAUCACUGUGUGUGUGUUCCUGUUCUUAUAUCUUUGUGAGGAACAUUUUAAGAAUAGACCCUACUGAGUGAGGACAUUUUGACCGGUUCUCUAUGUUUCAAUGGGCUGUUUUAGGGGUAAGACUUGGUUUAAGGGUUAGAAUUGGAUUAGGGUUGGGCAUUAAGUUUAGAUGGUUAUGGGCAGGGUAAUGGGCUAGGGAAUGUAUUAUGUCAGUGAAUGUCCUCGCUAAGAUAGAAGUACAAACAUGUGUGUCUGAGUGUUAGUGUAUGAGCGUCCAAGCUCUUAGCUUUAACCACACUCCUCAGCAGGUACACUGCUAUCCAGCCGUCUCCCCACCAUCUCACUGUAUGUAUAGCUGUGGGUCUAGAUGUCUCUCUCUCUCUCUCUCUCUCUCUCUCUCUCUCUCUCUCUCUCUCUCUCUCUCUCUCUCUCUCUCUCUCUCUCUCUCUCUCUCUCUCUCGGUCGGAGUGUACAGUACUGUCGACAUCUAAAAGUCAGAGAUUAAACUUCAUCUAAUUUCUCA